CUUUUUUCCUGAUCAGUUCCUAUUCUGUUCAUUGCCAACAUGACUCGGUAUACCAAGUUGCAAAGAAAAACUCACGAAAAAGCCAGCGGCUUCAAUGUCACUCCACUUCUUCCCGCUAAAUCAAAUGACGAAGGCGGAAACAACUCUGAUGCUCCUAAUCGCAACAAUCGAAAGAGAGGUUUCACCAACGACAAUACAGGAACCAAGUCCGAAAAGGCUUUGCGAGAAAUUGAAAAGAGAAAGAAGCGCAAGCAAAUGUCCAAGGACAAGAACACAAUCUGUUUUGGCUGUCGACAAAAGGGACAUUCCGUAGGCAAUUGUCCCAAGGCGAAGCAAUCCGCGCAAGGAAUCUGCUACAACUGUGGAUCGUCCGAGCACAGUUUGAAAAACUGCAAGAAACCCAGAAAAGGCAGUAAGUACAAAUCGGGACAGCAGAAAGAGAAUCAUCGAGGAACACCGGAGUAAACGAAGCGUGAAAUUAUUAGAUGAGUUGCCGUAUGCCAAGUGCUUUGUCUGUAAUGAAGAAGGCCAUUUGUCUGGUCAAUGUUCCAAGAACGAUAAAGGAUUAUACCCGAAUGGUGGAGGAUGUCGGUUCUGUGGCCAAGUGGAUCAUUUGGCCAAGGAUUGCAAGGUCACCAAGGAACAAGCGGGCGUCACUUUUGUUGGCAAGAUU